UUUAUAUUUUUUUAGUACAAGAAUAAUAAUGUCCGGAACUAUUCGUCAAGCUAUGACUCCGGCUAUAACGCGAUUGCGUGAACAUAUUGAGGAAAUUCGCCCCGUUUUGGACGCCCAAGAGCGCACAGUUGAAGGUAUGGAAAUGUUAAGGACAAGGUUAGUAAAAUUGCGACGUCUAGUUAAUCGUCUCGAAGAAAGGGCCAAUCAAUGGCAGGAUUAUAUUAGAGGACUCCCGGCUAAUGAAAGACAAGCCGAGGAACAGGUUUUAGCAAAUUUUGCGCCAUUAGAGCACCAUUAUGCGGAAUGGAUAGAAAAUGCGCAUGAAAUGAUUGCGGAUAUUGAGAUUUUGUUGACAGAGUCAGAAGACGGCAGUACUCAGUCCGAUCUUUCUGUAGAAUUGGGAGUUGGACAAAAUAGAGCCAACCAAUCAAGGAGGCCAGAAGCUCCAAUAAAUGAUGGGCAGACUCCGUUAAAUGAGAAUUUAUUUCGUAGGAAUGAUUUUAUGGAGACCCUCUAG